AGAAGCACAGAAAUUGAACUCCCAAGUCUGAAUUCAAAGUUUGCAUCCGAUCUAUAAAACACCCACCACCAAAAUAUCUGUUUCUGGUUUUCCAUCUCUCCCAUUUAUUUACCCAAUUAAAAGAAAAAAAAGAAAACCAUGAACAAAUUUGACAGACCUCCAUCAAGCCGAACGAAUCUGGCAUCUUGCAUCGUGGCUACGGUUUUCCUAGUUUUUCUUAUCUUCGUAGUCCUCGUUGUUUUCUUCACCCUCUUCAAGCCCAAGGACCCAAGGAUCGUCGUUAGCGCCGUUCAGCUCCCGACCUUCUCCAUCUCCAACUCCACCGUCAACUUUACCUUUUCCCAGUACGUCUCUGUAAGAAACCCUAACCACGCCGUUUUCACCCACUACGACAGCUCGCUACAGCUACUCUAUGCCGGAAACCAGGUGGGUUUCAUGUUCAUCCCCGCCGGUAAGAUCGACGCUCGCCAUACCCAGUACAUGUCUGCCACGUUCUCCGUCGAGUCAGUCCCGUUGGUGGCUCCACCGAACGGAUUGCCCACAUUCGCCGACGGCAUUAAUAAUGGGUUUCAGCUGGGACCCACCUUGGAGCUUGAGUCGAGAUUGAUAAUGGCGGGCAGGGUAAGGGUUCUGCACUUCUUCACCCACCAUGUGGAGACCAGGACUGGUUGUAGGGUUGCAAUUGCUGCAAGCGAUGGAUCGGUGUUAGGGUUUCAUUGCUAAUUUUUUUCCCUUUUUGCCUUCUUCGAAUCUUCCUGAUUUGGGUUUUCAAUUUGAAUCCCAAUUUGGUGGAUAAAUUGUAAAAAAUUAAUAAUUUUUUUUAAUCUUCCCAUCCUUUGAUGGCUUUUCUGAUCUGCAUUUCAGACUGAUUUGACGAAAAUGCUUAGCUUUGCAGCUCGAAGAUUCAACUGAUUUGAUUCUCUUUUUCAGCGAAAAAAUGAAUAGUAGUUUUUUUUUUUUUUUAAAUAAUUUUCUUAUGUGUAGAAUUGUAAUGUGGGAGUCUACUGUCUACACAGACUACACUCCCCUGAACUGUAGAAAAGCUGCAUUUGAAUCUCCUUUA